AUGAGCCCAAUAUUGUUCCCCUCCUCCAGGUCCCCUGCUAUGCGACCCUGGAAGACCGAUGUGAGAACCUGUGUAGCAUCUAUGUCGGACGGAGACUUUUAUGGAUCUGAAAAAUCUCAUAUCAUGUCUAAGGCUGGAAAUGUAAAAAUAACCAUGCACUGUGCUGACGGGACAACCAAGGUCUUGAAGGAGUCCCUGGCCCUGCAGGAGGGAGAGGUCAUUGACGCUUCCAGUUUUAUAAAUAUAGGAUCAGUGUGGCCCAACUUACUGAGUUCUUUGAAAAAGAAAUCCAAGACUGCUUCGACAAAGGCGACCAUGAUGAAAGUUUCAGAUCCAAUCAUCUUCGGUCACUGUGUUAAAGUUUACUUCAAGGAUGUGUUUGCUAAACACGCUGAUUUGUUUGCUGAGCUUAAGGUUAAUGUAAACAAUGGACUAGGUGACGUGUACUCUAAAAUCAAGGGACAUCCUAAGCAGGCUGAAGUGGAGGCUGACCUCAUGGCUACAUAUAACACCAGACCCAAGCUCGCCAUGGUCGAUUCGAAUGCGGGGAUUACAAACCUGCAUGUACCCAGUGACGUCAUCAUUGAUGCCAGUAUGCCAAAUGUGGAUGACAAACUGGAGGAAGUGAAAUGCAUUAUCCCAGAUAGAUGUUACGCUACAAUGUACGGAGCUAUUAUCGACGACUGCAGAAGGAACGGGCAGUUUGACUGGAAAACCACUGGUCACGUAUCUAAUGUUGGUUUGAUGGCACAGAAAGCUGAAGAAUACGGUUCUCAUGACAAGACCUUCGAGAUCCCAACCAAGGGAACAGUUGUUGUGACCGAUGAUGCUGGUAACACAAUAUUCUCACACUCAGUUGAAGCUGGAGAUAUCUGGAGAAUGUGCCAGACCAAGGAUGCUCCAAUCAAGGACUGGGUCAAGUUGGCUGUUAAUAGAGCAAGAGCAAGUGGAUCUAAAGCUGUAUUUUGGCUAGACCCUGCCAGGUUUGGAUUUGUAGGACUAGAUAUUAGCUUCGCCACACCUGUCGAGGCAAUGAAGGAUGCUUGUUUACGCGCACGCGCCGGUCAUGACACAAUCACUGUGACCGGGAACAUGCUGUCUAUUGUUCCUCUGUUGGCAGGAGGUGUUCUCCUCGAGACAGGAGCAGGAGGAUCAGCGCCUAAACAUGUAGAGCAGUUCUUGAAAGAGGGUCAUCUUAGAUGGGAUUCUCUUGGAGAGUAUCUUGCCACUGCUAUCGGAUUUCAGGAGCUUGGAGAGAGAACAAAUAACCCCAAGUCAACUCUGCUUGGAGACACUCUUAUGAAUGCUGUUGGAAAAUGGUUGGAAAACAACAAGUCCCCCGGCAGAAAAGGAAAGCAGAUCGACAAUAGAGGUUCCAAUUUCUACGUAGCUUUAUACUGGGCCCAGGAACUUGCAGCUAAGGAUGCUUCAUGGGAACCUCUUGCUAAGGCACUUGCCGAUAAUGAGGCUCAGAUCAUGAAGGAUCUUAUUGACUGUCAGGGACCUCCUUGUGAUGUCGGAGGAUACUUUAAACUUGACGAAGCCAAGGAAAUUUAA